UUGCCGACUGUAAAGCACCACCGGAGCUGGAGCAUGGCUUUGUCACCUUCUCCUCCAGGAACAACCUCACCACCUACGGGGCCAGCAUCCAGUACCACUGCCAGCACCCUUAUUACCACAUGGCACCCAACAGCACUGCCACCUACACGUGUGAUGCUUUCGGGGUGUGGAGGAGCGAGGAGCUGGGGACCAAGCUGCCGUCCUGCCAACCAGUGUGUGGCCGGCCAGCUCGUGCUCUACCUGGGAUCAUCAAGCGCAUCAUUGGCGGGCGAAAUGCAGAGCCUGGCUUCUUCCCCUGGCAGGCCCUGAUUGUAGUGGAGGACAUGUCCCGGGUGCCCAAUGACAAAUGGUUUGGCAGCGGGGCCCUACUCUCAGACUCGUGGGUUCUAACAGCCGCCCACGUGCUCCGCUCACAGCGGCGUGACAAGACCGUUAUCCCCGUCUCCAAGGAGCAUGUCACCGUCUAUCUUGCCCUCCAUGAUGUGAGGAACAAGAUGGAUGCUGUCAACCGGACAGUAGAGAGGAUCAUCCUCCAUGAGGAGUUUGACAUCCAGAAUUACAACCACGAUAUCGCUCUGGUCAAGCUGAAGGAGAAAGUGACAAUGGGGAAAUACGUCAUGCCUGUCUGCCUGCCUCAGUUUGAGCAUGAGCUGGAGGGGCCUCACCCCAACACACUGGGGCUGGUGGCUGGCUGGGGUAUCUCCAAUCCCAACAUCACCGUGGACGAGAUUAUCAGCUCAGGCAUGAGGACACUGUCCGAUAUCCUGCAAUAUGUCAAACUCCCAGUGGUGCUCCACGCAGAGUGCAAGACCAGCUAUGAGUCCCGGUCGGGGAACUACAGCGUGACCGAGAACAUGUUCUGCGCUGGAUACUACGAAGGUGGGAAGGACACUUGCUUGGGAGACAGCGGGGGAGCCUUCGUCAUUCAGGACCCAGGGACCCGGAGGUGGGUAGCCCAAGGGCUGGUUUCAUGGGGUGGUCCAGAAGAGUGUGGCAGCAAGCAAGUGUAUGGUGUCUACACCAAAGUCUCCAACUAUGUGGACUGGGUGGAGAAGAAAACAGGCUCCCCUGAGAGGUGGACAUUUCUGGACCCUGAGCUGGAGAGAUGAGUGACUAAGCAGCUUGCUGCUGCUGCUGCUGCUGCUUUAUUUUUUUUUUGUUUUAUAAUAUGCUCCAGAUUCUGGUCUUUCGCAAGCAGUAGCCAUGAUGCUCAGCCACACUCCAGGCCUUGCCAGCCCUCCACAUCAUGUGUUUCGCUUGGUCCUACAUCCCUUUGCUUGUGCUCUUUGGAAAUGUUUGCUAGGGAGCUGGGGAAGGGCAGCAAAGGGCUAGAUUUUAGCCAGUUUCCUUAGCUCAUACUGCUGAGCUCCAAAGCGUACCCACACUCCCAGGGAGGCUCCCUCCAAGCCAUGACAAAGGCACAGUGAUGGAGGAGGCAUUUUUCUGCCACCUAAGCCUUGUCUGUGCACAGAGUAUUUCCCCACACCCUAAACUCUCACACUAGCUCUUCCCAUCAGACAAUGUAACUCCAGGAACAACAGGGGCUGAGGACAAUGUGGAAAACCCAGCUGGGCAGGCCUGGGCCUCACAGUCCCCUACAUUUCAUGACAGCAUUUUCAUGUGAGGAGCAGUAAGACAG